AUGGUCCUCGAAUUAUCGGCACAAGCCUUGGCCGCCAAACUAAACAAGAGCCUUGGAUCCGCGUGUGACAAGGCGUCGAAAGAAUACACGAAGCACAAUUAUGUGGCAUUUGUGCGUGCAUCGGGUAACCAAAGCACCGAAGCUGUUUUACUACAAACGCGGCAGGCGCCCGGGAAGAUCGAAGGAAAGCCGAGAUCUUAUCAAACGAAUUUAAAGUGUGUUCCCGUCACCAUCUUCACGAUGACAUCACGAGGCAUCACGUGA